GUAUAUUCGAGGAAGAUGAAGAUGGAAGCAUUUAAUUCUUUUGUUAUUCCUUUUGACUCUGUUAUUCCUCCUGUUCCUCCUCCCAAAGUUCUACCGGUUGACUCUGUUGUUCCUCCAUCCAAAGUACCAUCUGUCAACUCUGUGGUUCCUCCACCGAAAGUUCCAUCUGUCAACUCUGUGGUUCCUCCACCGAAAGUUCCAUCUGUCAACUCUAUACCUCCACCCGGAGAACAAUCUGUCAACUCUAUUCCUCCACCCGGAGAACAAUCUGUCAACUCUAUACCUCCACCCGGAGAACAAUCUGUCAACUCUAUUCCUCCACCCGGAGAACAAUCUGUCAACUCUGUGCCUCCACCCAGAGUACAAUCUGUCAACUCUGUGCCUCCACCCGGAGAACAAUCUGUCAACUCUGUGCCUCCACCCAGAGUACAAUCUGUCAACUCUGUGCCUCCACCCAGAGUACAAUCUGUCAACUCUGUGCCUCCACCUAGAGUAUAAUCUGUCAACUAUGUGUCCUCUACCGAAAAUUCCAUCUGUCAACUCUGUAGUUCCUCCACCAAAAGUAUCAUCUAUCAACUCUGUACCUCCACCCAAAGUAUCAUCUGUCAACUCUGUACCUCCUCCCAAAGUUCCAUCUGUCAACUCCGUUGUUCCUCCUCCCAAAGUUCCACUUGUCAACUCCGUUGUCCCUCCACCCAAAGUUCCAUCUGUCGACUCCGUAGUUCCUCCACCCAAAGUACUAUCUUUCUAAGUCACAUGUAAAACUUUAAUCUUUUUAAGUAUGUAAUCAAGAUGCAUGUGGAAAAGAAAAUUAUGCGUAUGAA